GCCGCAUUAAGUCAAUGUGUUUUAAUGGCUGUGCAACCUGAACUUAUUGGUGGAGCAAUUAACGCCAAUUAAAUGAACCAAGCCGAGAAAAAAAAUAUGUUCUCAUCACAAUGCUCCAUGUUGUGCAUUAAAGUUGAUCAGUGACAGGUGGGGAGAUAAGUGACUGUCAAGUGGAUGAGAGGAAAGAGGAGAAACGGAGGGCGGAGACAGCGCUGGUCACGGUGGAUGCUGUUUAUUACUGAUGCGGCUGAGGAGCGACGAGUCAGCAGCCACAACUUCUGUCCUGUGAAAGACUAGUUACACACAGCUGUAUCCUCACGGGAACCAAGCAAAAUUCUCAUCCAAUUCUGUGCAGGAGAAACAUCUGGAUAGUGUAAUUUGUUUCUCCAGGUUGUGCCAGGAGUUGGACCAAACAGGGGAGCUGUCAGUCGAGAGCAAGUUGUUCAGAACAAGCGAAAGGAGCCAGAAGUCGCAUCCUGAAAGGUGCUUUAAGAGGAGAGGUGACCUGGCUGCAGCGACAUGUUUGGCAUGAUAAAGAACUCGCUCUUCGGGAACACCGAAGAGACGGAAUAUAAAUUGCUCAGCAGCGAAACAAAGGACGGGGUCAGCUACGAGGUACGGCGGUACGAUGCUGCCAAAUAUGCCGCUAUCCCCUCAGAGGGGCGGACCUUUGACCAAGUGACAGGGGAGCUGGUGAGGAAGCUGCUCAUGUACAUUGGUGGAAGCAAUGAACAAGGCGAGGCAAUGGGUACGGCAGCUCCCAUCACCAUCACAGUGUACCCACGGGACGAUGGUGUGAUGUCUCGCCGUUUAGUAGUCGGCAUCCGCAUCCCCUCUCACUACCAGCAGUGUCCCCCUAGUCCCACCGACAGUGCCAUCAGGAUUGAAGAGCGGCCCGGCAUGACUGUCUACUCGCUGCAGUUUGGAGGCUACGCAGGCGAGAGCGAGUACCGAGCGGAGGCCUUGCGUCUGACACGCACGCUGGGUGAGUCUGCCCCCUUUCAACGCAAACAGUAUUUCUGCUGCAGCUACGACCCACCGAUCAAACCUUACGGACGCCGCAACGAGGUGUGGUUUCUACAGGAGGAGCCGUAGGACGCACCUGACCCGAGCUGAAUCAAAUCUCAUGCUGAACUCCACAACCUCACUUACCCUUAGACUAUCAUCAGUCCUGUAGAGUUAAGAGAAUUUGAAAGGUAAGAGCAAUAUGGCGACUUGUUAGACCUUUAAACCUGGACGGCCAGAUGGAGAGAUUACCCAUGUUGCCUUUACCUAUCUGAUCUUCUGCUUCUCAGACAUAGCAGCACUUGUGGUAGUGUUCAAUAGUCAGGUGAUGGGUCAGUUUAGAAUUCAACAUCAGUAGAGUUUCUCCUGCUGUUGUCACACUUUUAUAUUUUUGUUUCGAGUUUGCUUUCAUCUCAUACAGCUUUGAAAUACGUAUGGGCAGUGUAAGAGGAGAAGUCGACCGAAGGCCAGCGCAGAAAGGUGGUGUAAGUGGGGACAGAGGACUGUGCUCAUGUCCUCCAUGGUUUCUGGGUGUUCAGUACAAUACUUUUGAUUCUUUAUCCAAAACAAUAUGUACCACUGCUAUGACUGAAUUCCAGCUGUCCAAGCCAAGGGAAAAAGAGAUCAAAGAAACUAAAUUAAUUUAAUUAAAUAAGAAAUGGAGAUACAGCCAUAGUCUUUGCAUUACUGCUGCUGUGCAAAAAAAAAAAAAAAAAAAAUGUAAUAACUAUUUAAUAUUUCGUAGAAUAAUAAUAGUAAAUAAAAGUAAAUACUGAAGACUUUUAUUCAAGGACUAGCCUAACAUUAAUCUGUCUGAAUCCAUUUCAUUGUUCAUUCCGCUUAGAGUUACAUGUUUAUCAUAAAACGUUCAUAUAAUCUCUGCAGAGCUGAAGAACAUCAAGUAGGAUUUUGCACAUCUUAAAUUAAACCUAGUAUUACAGUGUGGCUCAAUCUAUGCUGCAAUGUACAAAGUUAUGGUUAGAUACAUAAUAGCAAAAAGCACAAUUCCUUGUUCCUGAAUAGGGAACUGGAACGAAAUAGGAUUUGAGCCAUAAAAGUAGAAUUAGUCUUUCUUUGUUGAUUAAUGGAUGGACAGCCGUGAGUAGGUGUUAGGUAGAUAGCUAUUGGUGUAAUUAGAAAAUGUCUGAUCAUGAACUUUGUGAUUAUUAUCAUAUUGAUGCAGAAAGCAUUUGUGUGUGGUGAAUACUUUUGUGUUUUAGUGCUUGGAGUCUUUGAAAAUGUCAUAUUUAUUUAUUAUGAUUCUUGAAACUGUGUUUUGAGAUACCUCUGUACAGUGUGAUUUUCUGUGAAAAUACAGAGUGAAGAUAUUGUUGAGAUUCGAUAGUGUUUCACAUAAUAAUAAAUAUGUCUUAAGAACUUA